AUGGCCUCGGGGGCGCCCGGGGAGCGGCUGCGAGAGGAGGCGCGGUGUCCCGUGUGCCUGGACUUCCUGCAGGACCCUGUGAGCGUGGACUGCGGCCACAGCUUCUGCCGGCGCUGCAUCUCCGAGUUCUGCGAGAAGUGCGAGCGUACUCAGGGUGGCACCUACGCCUGUCCCCAGUGUCGGGGCCCCUUCCGGCCCGCGGGCUUCAGGCCCAACCGGCAGCUGGCCAGCCUGGUGGAGAGCGUGCGGCUGCUGGGGUUGGGCUCGGGUCCCGCGGGGGCGCGCCGUUGCGCGCGGCACGGCGAGGACCUGAACCGCUUCUGCGAGGAGGACCAGGUGGCGCUGUGCUGGGUGUGCGACACCACCCCGGAGCACCGGGGCCACAGUACGGCGCCGCUGCAGGAAGCCGCCAGGGGCUACCAGGUGAAGCUCCAGACAGCUCUGGACCUUGUGAGGAAAGAGAUGGAGGAGGCCUUGAGUCAGGAGGUCAACGUGGGGAAGAAGAUUAUCAUUUGGAAGGAGAAAGUGGAAAUGCAGAGGCAGCGCUUCAGGCUGGAGUUCGAGAAACAUCGUGGCUUCCUGGCCCAGGAGGAACAGCUGCAGCUGAGGAGGCUGGAGCAGGAGGAGCGUGCCACCCUGCAGAGGCUGCGGGAGACCAAGAACCGGCUGACUCAGCAAAGCAAGGCCCUGAAGGAGCUGGCAGAAGAGUUAGAGGAGAGGUGUCAGCGCCCAGCCCUGGGUCUACUGGAGGGUGUGAGAGGAGCCUUGAGCAGAAGCAAGGCUGUCACUCGGCUAGAAGCAGAGCUCAUCCCCUUGGAGCUGAAGACAGUGUGCCGCAUCCCUGGGAGGAGAGAGAUGAUGAGGAGGUUCCAAGUUGACAUCAAUCUGGAUCCUGCCACGGCGCAUCCUAGCCUCCUUCUAACUGCUGACCUGCGCUGUGUGCAAGAUGGAGAACUGUGGAGGGAUGUCCCCGGCAACCCAGAGAGGUUUGACACAUGGCCCUGUGUCCUGGGUUUGCAGAGCUUCUCAUCGGGGAGACAUUACUGGGAGGUUGUGGUGGGAGAAAAAGCAGAGUGGGGCCUAGGAGUCUGUCAGGACGCACUGCCGAGAAAGGGGGAGACCACGCCAUCUCCUGAGAACGGGGUCUGGGCCAUGUGGCUCCUGAAAGGGAAUGAGUAUAUGGUCCUGGCCUCCCCGUCGGUGCCGCUCCUCCUCCUGGAACGGCCACGCCGCGUUGGGAUUUUCUUGGACUAUGAAGCCGGUGAAGUCUCGUUUUAUGACGUCACAAACAGGUCUUACAUCUACACGUUCAACCAACUGUUCUCCGGUGCUCUCCGACCUUACUUUUUCGUCUGUGACACAACUCCUCUUAUCUUGCCACCUAUGACGGAAGCAGAGUCAGGACAUCGGGCAACUAGCGGUCAUCUUGACCCUGCUUCUAAUGUUAAAGAAGAUCACGCUUAA